AUGAGCCCGUCGUAUCGAAGAGAAUCUGCGAAUGUUGCAGUCCUUGAACCUGCCAACAAUUCCUCGCCGCUCAAAGUCCGCUCCAGCUCCAAAGCAAACACAGAGGACGGAACCCGUGAGGAGGUCGGGACGUCUUCGAAACGAAUCAAUUCAAGCGGAGAAGCGGCAAAAGAAGCGGCAACUCGAGGUUAACCGCCUGCUUCAACAACAGGAAAACGAGGAGGAGCAAUCAUUCCUGGUUGAGAGGCCGCAACAGAAGCAAAAGCGAGCUCACGACCAAUGCGAGAGCCUACGAGAGCACGAGUUUCAGCGAGCACUGAGGCAGUAUCCGCCCACAAUCGCCCUCCCGUUUGUGUAUCCAUGUCAAUUGAAAAAAUCAUUUGAUGAUGGAAUGCUACAGUAUUCGCCAAGUUCAUCGCUGGAGAUAGAGCUGGAUGCUUUUCAUUCACGUUGUCUAGGGAUCCAGUUGUUGCCAGCGGGGAGGAAUACCGUUGCGCAAGCAUUGUGUCUGCCCGGGUAUACGACGCGGUUCUCUAUCAUGAGCAAGAUACAUUUGUGGAAGAGUGCAAUAACCUUGUUCGUGAGAGAAAGCGACG